AUGAGCGUGAAAAAGAAUGAUCUCUAUGUCUAUGAUUUGGCAGACUCUAUUCUAAAGUCUUUGAAGCUGAUGUAUUUUGAUCAUAUGUUGAGGGAAGCUGAAAACAAUGAUGUAGAACAAACAACUAGCAAAAUCAUCCAAGAAGAAAAUGAAGGGAAGAAGAAAAAUAUAUCUAAUAGUUUCUCGUGUAGUAUUUGUGACACCAAAUUUACUGAUAGACCUUCCCAAAGGAGUCAUUACCAAACAUCUUUCCAUAUUUUUAAUGUUAAGAGAAGUUUAAAGGAUUUACCAUGUCUAACCUUGACUGAAUUUGAUAAACUGUUGGCAAAUAAUAAAACUAGCUUGGAGGGGCCAGAAGCUUCUUCUAAUUCUGAGUCUGAUUCUGAAUCUGAGCUAGAACAAAUCGAUGAAAAAAAGGAAGAAAAUGUUGCUCAAAGUGGAGACAUGUAUGAAAGUAGCCAGAGUUUUCUGGAUGAGUCCUUAGAAGCAGAAUUGCAAAAGUUGAGUGCAGAAGAAGCGGACGAAUCGGGUUCAAUCAGCUGUUUAAACACGAAAUCGCCACAGAUAUAUCUUAAAUCAAGCCUUUUACAAGCUGACGACGUUUUUGGAAUUUAUAAAGCGUUAUUUGAUUCUAAAAGUAUAUCGAGUCCCCUUGAUACCUUGUUCCGAUGGAAUGAUGACGAUGCUGGAAUAACUAAAAUAUCUGCUUUGUUUAUGGUAGGAGGAGGUCAUUUUGCAGGAGCUAUUGUAUCACACCAAAGAGCAAAUAUUAAAGGUAAUGCUAAGAAGCAAGAAACUUCCUUCCAAGAACAGGCGGUCCAAUUUAUUGAACAUAAAACAUUUCACAGAUAUACUACAAGACGUAAACAAGGUGGUUCACAAUCUGCAAUGGAUAAUGCUAAAGGUAAAGCUAACUCGGCAGGGUCUACUUUACGUAGAUACAAUGAAGCAGCCUUGAGAACUGAUAUCCAGAAUUUACUUGGUACAUGGGCGCCAUACCUUUCCAAAUGUGAAAAUAUCUUUUUAAGAGCAAGUAAUGUACAGGACAAACAAAUAUUCUUGGAAAAUAAUAAUAUUAAAAAGGAUGAUGAAAGAUUGAAGACUUUUCCGUUUACUACAGGUCGACCAACGUUAGGUGAACUAAGAAAGUCUUGGUGUGAAUUGACCUAUUUGAAAAAAGUUCCAAAACCUACCCCAAUCGAAGUGAAAAAGCUGACUUUGAAUAAACAAACGAAUGAAGACCCAAAAACUAUGAAACAUCAAGACGCUAAAGCCUCCUCUCCUCAAGAAAAAUAUACAGAAGAACUAAUUGCCUUGUUGAAGAAAGGUAGGGCACCUCUAUUAAUUGCAUAUUUGAAGAAAAAUAAACUGGACGUUAACUUUCUACUUGAACCUACAGCCAAAUAUAUCUCAACUCCAACGCUGUUACAUUAUGCGGCUAGCCAUAAUUUGAAGCAGAUGGUUACAAUUUUAUUAUCCAAUAUGAAGGCGGAUCCUUGUGUAAAGAACCAAUCUGGUAAAACGGCAUGGGAUAUGGCCAAGGAAGAAAACGUAAGACAGUCCUUCCAAAUAGCCCGGCAUUCACUUGGAGAAGAAUAUACAAACUGGGCGGACGCACAUGUAGGUGAUCCUUUAAGUAGAGAACAGGUAGAUAAGUUUAACAAAGAAGCCGAAGAGGCAGCUAAUAACGAGGCAGAAAGUAUUAUAAGAAAGGAACUAGAUGCUGCGAAAGAACGACAGCGUUUGGAACUAGAUAAGAAAAGAGGUGUGGGGAACAAAUUGGAUCCUUCGGGUAACAUCAAUAUCAAGCAGAAUCUUAAUUCACUUUCACCUGAACAAAGGCAACGGUUGAUGAGGGAGCAACGUGCUAGAGCCGCUGAAGCAAGGUUACAAAAAUCUAUCGCGAAGUGA